GAAAAAUAAUUUCUAACAUAACCGCUAGAAUCGUUGUUAUCGUCCUCCAUAUUUCUUAUAAAAAACGAUUUAACAACUUCCUAUUUCCUACAGAUAAAAUCGAUGAAAAUCUGUUUGACUUAUUUUAAUAUUUAUACGAAAUAUUGAAUUAGUAUUAAAUCGUCUUUUUAAAUCUUUCCAAGGUCUACAGUGAUUGGUUACUUCGAUCCUGUUUAAACCAAUCAUAAGCAAUCCGUUCGAAGGUGAAUAUAAUGAUACAAGUUAGAAAAUUACCGUGAGAAAAUAAAUCUGAUGUACGAUGUAAUACAUUUGAUGUAUUAUUCAUACGUUACUUAACGUUAUAAUAUCAGGUGUAUUAUUUCUCAUUUAAAACAUACUUUGAUCGAUAUUUACAUGUCUUUGUUAGUAUAAAGCUUAACUCUAUGAAAAAAAAAAUCGUUUUGUUAUUGUCUUAAUAUUUUACAUACAAGAGUAUUUUUACAUAAUAAUGGACCGUAAAUAUGACAUUAAAAGUGAACAUCAAUACUAUUCGGGAGAAUAUUCAAUUAGAACUAUUUCAAAUAAUAAUUUGGAAUUUUGGAUGACACGACUUCCGAAAUCAUUAAAAAAUGUAUCCAUUAUAUAUCUCGCUAUACCCGGUUCGCAUAAUACGAUGACUUAUACCAUAGAACGACGUAACGAAGUAGGACCUGAUGAGCCUGCAUACAUCAGAGCAUUGGGUCGUUAUUGUUCGAUUUUUUCCAAGCCUGUCAUUUUUAAUUGGUCUGUUACACAAAAAAACAGUGUAAGGGAACAACUGAAUGGUGGAAUAAGAUAUUUGGAUUUACGAGUUGCUACGAAAACAAGGGACGACAAUAUUUAUUUUCUUCACGGUUUGUAUGGAUCAGAGGUCACCAAGCCAUUAGAGGAUAUUGUACGUUGGUUAAAUCAUCACACGAACGAAGUUAUCAUUUUAGAUUUCCAACAUUUUUACAAUUUUUCGGAUAUAAAUCAUUGUCGUCUUGUUGCGAUAAUAAAUGACAUUUUUCGUGAGAAAUUAUGUCCGACGUUUUCCUCUUUCGAUCAUAUGUCUUUGAAUUGGCUUGCUUCGAAAAGGUAUCAAGUUUUUGUCAUUUAUAGAAACGUUUACGCGAUGAAUCAUGCGAAUUUAUGGCCAAGCGAUCUCUGGCCUACUCCUUGGCCAAAUACCGUAUUUGUCGAUCAACUCGUAGAUUUUUUAAACGAUAAACUUCAAAAACGUUCACCCGAUAUCGCUUUAGUAUCGCAAUGUCUUUUAACUCCUAAUAUAUCGUACGUUAUGAAACAUCUGUGUGGAAAUUUACAGUCAGAUUUAGCGCCAAUAUGUCAAAAGGCAAUUCUCGGUUGGAUAAGUCAACACAAAUCUGGGUCUAAUGGUAUAAACAUCGUUAUAUCUGAUUUCAUAUCUGAUAAAAAUUAUUUAUUUCCAAAGACAGUUAUUCAAACUAACCUAAAACUUCUAAAAGAUUUGUAGAUUUGUUUAAACUUUUAUGAUAAGAAUAGAUUCAAAUUUAUUCAAAGUAAUUUUUAGAAACAUUUUUUAACAAUGGAUGGGUCUUUUAACUUUCUAUGAUAGUAUAAAUCCAUUGGAAAGACAUGUAUUUCAUAUACAUACAUAUUAUUUGUAUAAUUACAAUAUAUGAUAUUUACAAUACUUAUAAAAUUCAUUCAAUGCUAACAUGUAUUAACACAUAACAAAUAUGUAAAUAAUGAGCAAGGGAGGAGCAUGAUAUUUCAAGUAUGUUGUAUUAAGUAAUGCAGUUAAUUUUUUUUAAGUUAUAUAUUAGAACAUGAUAUAACAUGACGGUAGAAAAAAGUUACUUACAUAUCUUCCGUAUUUAAGAGUACUUGUUUUUCAGGCAAAAUGCAUACACCCCUUUCAUGCACCUUUUAUUCUAUUAAUAAUAUAUGCUUUUAUUUUGAAUCAAUGAAAUGAUUUUCAAAAAAUGGUUCAAUGAAAACAGUCUCUUAGUUAUAAUAAAAAUUCAGCCUUAUAGUAGUAACUUGGCUGUAUUAGAUAAAGCAUACUCUGAGAAUAAUAUGUAUAUUCAAAGCAUAGAAUUUCAAUACAGACUUGUAUUAAAAUUUGUAUAUAUUAAUUUUUCUAAUAUUGAUUUCAGUAUGAAAUCAUUGUGUAUAAUUUGUUUAAUGGAACUAUAUUUAUCAUACUAAA